AUGGAUGGUCAGUUGCGCUCACCUUAUGGUGGGACGGCUGACUACGAACAUGUCGAUGGCUGCCUCUCAAACCCAUUUCCAUCACAGUUUGAUAUCGAUGAUGAUGAUGAUUUCCCGUACAACGAUCCUCAGUACACCGUCUUUGGCGGUGUCUCGCAAGAGAGCAACUAUGGCGGCUUUGUGGAUGAAUGGGGCUUGCUCGGGUCGGAGAACUUCUUUACAGAGGCUGACUACGGCAAUUCAAGACCGUACCCCGCGGAUAUCGAGACCGAAGGCAUCUUUAUGGCCGCCUUGUCUUUGACCCCGCCGUCCCAGUAUCAAUACCCGCCGUUGGACCCCCGAGAGGCGUUGAAUGAUGUGCGCGAUACCCUGUUACACCGGCCCAGCACUCCGUGGACUGCCGUUAGUAUCGACCCAACGUUUCUCGCGCCCCCGUCCGACUAUGCGUUCCCCAGCAGGUCUGCCACGCCUACCCACACAGACUAUCCGUACAACCAGUCCGCCGGGGGGACCUCUCUUCCCCAUCGCCCUGCCUCCACGAUUGACGGCGUAAGCAUCCGCAGCGACCGCUCCAACACCUGCUCCCUUUGUGAGAAGAAGGUGAGCACGAGGAUGCUGCAGCGACACAACAGAGAGGUCCACGGCCCGGCCGACGAUCCGCGAUACGUGUGUAGAUGCGGCCGCCGGUCGCCGCGCAAAUGGAACCAUGAGCGACACCUGAAAGACGGCUGCAAGGCCGCGAACGACUACUCGCAGGGCCUCUUCACCUGCAUUUGCCAGCAGACGACGGACGACAAGCUGGCCCAUCAACGUCACAUCAAGAACUGCAGCAAGAAACAAGCCGGCCGGCCCCGAAACAACACCCGAAGCGUUCAGUGA